AUGACAACCAGUGCCGACAAUGACUUUGGCAUUGUUAACUACACUGAGUGGAAGCCGUACAGUUUCGGCUAUGACACCACCGACGAAUUCGGAACCCGGCUCUUCCACAACGAGCAGUCCGACAACAAGAACGCCAAGACCGGUACCUACGGCUACCGUGACGCCAAUGGCAUCUUCCGCACAGUGUCGUACGUGGCAGACGCUGAUGGAUACCGGGCUACCAUCGACACCAACGAACCUGGAACAGCCCCUGGAGCCAGCGCCGACGCCGUCUUCAACGCCAAUCCCGUGGCCGCACCACCUGCCGCUCUUCGGCCUGGAGGCUACACUAGGCCUGCAAACACUGGGCCUGCAUCCAUUGGUCCUGCAUUCACUCGCCCUGCAUACACUGGUCCUGCAUACACUGGUCCUGCAUUGACUCGUCCUGCAUACAGUGGUCCUUCAUCCACCGGUCCUGCAUUCGCUCGUCCUGCAUACACUGGUCCGGCAUUCAAUCGUCCUGCAUACACUGGUCCUGCAUUCAAUCGUCCUGCAUACACUAGUCCUGCAUCUACAGGUCCUGCAUCCACUGGUCCUGCAUACACUGGUCCUGCAUUCAAUCGUCCUGCAUACACUGGUCCUGGAUCUACUGGUCCUCGACCUGCAGCGCCAUUUAAUGUUCGCGGCCCUGGAGGGUACACGGGAGGCUACGCUGGCGGAUAUGGCGGCGGGUUUGGAGGCCCGUACGGUGGCGGGUCCGGUGGCCGAUAUGGUAGCGGUUUUGGCGGCGGCUCCAGUGGGGUUUAUGGCAGUGGGUACGGCGGUGGGUAUGGUUCUGGGUACGGAGGUGGAUACACAGGCGGGUAUGCUCGCGGUAACGCCGGCUUAUACCCAGGUAGAUAUGGUGCAGGAUACGGAGGCGGCAAUAGCGGAGCAUACCAGGGAGCCAUUAAUCCAGGAUUUGGCUAUGGCGGCGCUGGCUACGGUGCUAGCUACGGCGGAGCAGGGUACGGUGCUAGUUACGGUGGAGCUGGGUACGGUGCUAGUUCCGGUGGGGCUGGGUACGGUGCUGGCUAUGGCAGUGCCCAUCACGGAGGUUCCUUCGGAGCCGGACAUCGAGGUGGAUACGCUUCUUCAGCAGCCUUUCCAGCUGGACUACAGGGUCAUCAUGGUCACCAUGGCAAUUUAGGCCACCAUGGAUACGGGGGUGGUUACAAAGCAGCAUCUGCUUAG